GUCAUGAUUUUUCCAUUGCGAUUUCAUUUCACUAUUUCAGGCUUCAGCCGAGCCAAUUUCGCAGUUAACGUUAAAUGAUUAAUUUUAUUUGUAUCGCCCUUCUGUUUUAUAAGCUUAACGUUAACUGUUGUAAUUAUUCAUUUUAAACAACCAUUUCAUGUUUUGCCGUUAACUGAUCAAUACGAUUACACUUGAUAAUACACUUGUUUGUUUAUUGAAAUAAAACUUUAUACUAUAAUAAUCACGAGAAUGAAAACCGCACUUUCCGAAAAUGCACCCAGAACACGGUCGGGAAAGGUUUCCGUGCAGGCCAACAACAAAAAUGCCACUAGAAAAUGUCUACAAACGUUACAGCCGUCUGGUCGCAGCAAAGAAAACUUAGUUGGAAGUGGCCGAUCUCAAGAAAAAAUCGAUCAAAAAACGUCCAAAUCUUUGAAAACGACCGAAGCCAAAAUAAAGUCUAAAGAUAAGAAAUUAACAGUACCCAAAGUAGAUCCUUCGCUUUACCAAAAGUUAAUCAUUGAAGAUCUCACUUCAACUGCCGGCCCCAGUGAAAAAUAUUGGCAAGCCAUUGCAGAGCGUCGUAAAAAAGCGCUCGAAGAAGUCUUAGAAGACAAUCGAAAAUUACAUUCUUUGGUAAUGGCACUGGAAGAUGAGAAUACUUCAUGCAAAAAUCUAUUGGAAGAAACGACUGACCUUGUAAAUACAUUAAAGGAAAUUCUAUAUGAAGCCUCCAAUGAGGAAUGUGUCUCAGACGAUGAAAAUGAUACAAACGGCAACACAGAAGUUGUUGUUGCAGAAGAUCCACAAGAUAGUAGUAAUAUUACCUUAUCUAAUAGCGAUUCAGAAUAAUAUUUAAUCACAUAUUUGAUGGAAAAAAAAAAAUUAAUUCUAGUGUGUAUUAUAUAUAAAUAUAAAUUAAUAAUCAUUAAUAAUAAUAAUAAAAAGAAAAGUAGUAGUGUUUGAUUAAAAAAAAAAAAAUGUAAUAUUGUAUAUAAUGUUUUGCAUUGUGUUUUUACACAGAAAAUUUAUUUCUUAAAACCUUUUUUUUGUAAUUAAUUUAAAAAUUUUUUUGUAGUGAAGUAGUCAUUUUAAUUGGGCCAGUGUGCUCGAGAAGUAUGUAAUACAUUUGAAGUAAAAUAAUUGAUACUUGAACAAAAAAAACUAUGUAAACUCAUUGUUUAUUUUUGGUACAAUGUUAAUAAGGAACUGACAAUUUUUCGAUAUUAAAUUACAUGAUUAUCUUUUUA